AUGGCCCGUGGGUGCGUCUGCAGGGUCCCCCAGCUUAGCAUGACCCAUGUGUGGCACGGAGAUGUGGCAAAAGGGAUUUGCCCAAAUGCAGUAUAUCUCCGCAUCGCUACUCGUAAUGCAGAACAUAUUACCCUAAGCUUUUUUCUCCGUGCUUCAACUCCGCAACACCUGGAAACUUCAUUACUAAAGAUGAUGGAGGUUCAGACCCAAAACGACAAGCCGCGCGUCUCGGCGGCGGCCCAAGAAUCCGCUGGCCAAAAGAGGAAAAGGCUGAGGGCAGUAAUUGUUUGCACCUAUUGCCGUCGCCGCAAAGUCAAAUGUGACAAGCAGCUGCCUUGCUCCAACUGUGUCAAGGUGGGCAUCGCCGACACUUGUACAUACGACUCACACACGGACAAGAAGGGGAAAGACAAAUACGAAAUGGAGCUUGCACUACCUUUGGGCCAGCAGCCCUUGGAUCUGGUGGCUAAAGAAGCCAACAUUGGCGUGUCUGGUCAGUUUGCGGUGGCGUCGGGCGCUGGAACAGCCAAGUCGGCGCAAAAUGGACCCAAGCGCAUAAGGAGCGAGAAGGGCCUCACUGCUCUGGCUCCCAGUUCAGCAUACUCGGCUGCGAGCAGCCACGAACAGAGUGCUGGGAAUCUAGCGUAUGGGACCACGAACAGAGCUCCGAGCGGCCCGAUCAUGGGGCCUCUGAACGGCGCGCCGCAUGUUAGCGGUGUUUCGCCGGCUGGCAGUGUUCCAAAUUACGGCGAGCCCAACGCAUCAUCCACAGCUAGUAUGAGCUCGGCCUCUGGGGCCACGACAAACUUCACAUCUCCAUCGACGUAUUCUGGCGGUGGACAAACACCGGGCUAUGCUGGCUUUGAGCGGCCGGCCAACUCCACCAUCAAGACUAUGCCGAGAUCUCGCGUGGAUCUAAAGCAGGCCGAUACCCAAACGAUAGAAACGCAAAAGUCGGAGAUCGAGGUGUUGAAACAAAGACUCCAGCAAAUAGAAAAGACCUUGAUGGGGUCACCCAAGUCUCUUCCGGCACUUUCCGCCCAGCCCAAUGCCUUCCCUCCAAUGCCCAUGCAACCUUCUGCUCCACCUUCUCUGCAAUUGCAAUAUCAAGGACCGCCACAACCAUCGUCCAUGCAGCCUUUAGGCGUCCAACCGGCGCCGUUCCAGCUUGGUCAGCGCCCCUCAUACUAUCCGGGCAUGACUCCAGGCACGAUACCCAUGCCAAGCUCGUCGGCUUUUACGCCGCUAUCGCAGCGUAACUCGUUUUCGGAGGAUCCAAUGUUGGCAAUGCUUCCGCCUCUCAAUUCGAACCUCAAGCGUUCCGGCGGCUCCCAGUCUCCAUUGCAGGCUAAUCUGGUUGGUCCCUUUCCCCAAAGCGUCAAGCCAGCUGCUAGCGAAAGCUCGUCUGCGACGGGAUGCGAAUCGGCUUGCAACGCAACUUCAACCGCUUGUAACACCUCGCCUGCCACCACAGAAACGCCACCGAAGCUCACAAUUGAAAAUCCGAAAGCUGAGGAUUUCUUGAUUGGCGUGAACAUCUACAGCAAUGCGAGUGAUACCAUCAACUUCUACGAAAACUACUCCUCUCUCCAUUUCAAGGACAAUCUUCGCCGCAGCAACUUUGGCCCUUUUGCCUGGACGUCGCUCAUGAAGCGAGAUUACGGCUUGCGUCUUAUUUGGGAUCAUAUCAUUGCACAAAAGCAAAGCACCAAGGAUGACUCCAGUGCCCUAGCCUUUCCGCAACAAACAAACGAGAUCACCGCAGAAAAUACAAAUACCAUCUUACAUGCCGACAAGUCGGAGCUUCUGGAAAAACAAUUCCGCAAGCGUGCUCUUCAAGCGGAUGGCUACGAAGAUAUCGUCCCUUACAACACGAUUCUUGAAGCGAAAAAGGAGCGUGACAUCCAAAAACAGACGUUGAACCAAUCUACGUUGCCGUUGGGUUUGACCUUCUAUGACGGUCAGAUUGACAGGGAGCUUCAGCUUAUAGAGAAAGUUCGUGUUGUUCUCCCCAAAAAGAGAGUCAUAUGGAAACUUAUAGCUCGUUUUUUCAAAUGUGUCUAUUCUUAUUUCCCUUUCUUGGACGAGGAAUACUUUAGGCGAGACGUUUCGAGGAUCAUUGGGCCAGAAUCUUAUGAGGACGAGCUGGUCCCCGACAUCAAGAUUGAAAGAAAGCUCGACUUGGCCACCGUGGGCAUUCUCUUGAUUGUUUUGAGACUUGCGUACCUUUCUGUCUUUUCGAACAACACAGAGCUAAACGAGCAAAUCUUGCGCAGCGAAGCUCCAACCCUUGAAGUGCAGAGUAUCAAAUGUUUGAUGUUGAACCCAAUUAACAUCAACAUUAUUGACGUUGCAGAGCUCUGUUUCGAACAGUUCAAACUACUCAGAAGAUCGAACUUCACUGUCCUUCAACUAGCAUUGUACAUCCGGUUGUACCACACAUAUGCGCCAGAAGACGGCGAUGGAGCAGAUGGUGGUGACUCUCAGGUCCUAAAUGCAGUGUUGAUUCAAAUGGCAUAUUCCUUGGGUCUUAACAGGGAACCUGAUGAACAAUGCACAGACUUGAAAAUCAACAAUCUCUCGAGGAAGAUUUGGAGCUACUUGACUUUAGCAGAUCUUCAUCUUGCCUACGCUUUUGGCAAUCCAAUGAGCAUUGAUACCAUGUAUGCGGAUGUAAAACCGCCUCUUUAUAUUCCAGGAGGCGAAAAUCUCCUUGACAAGGAAGCAGAUCGCCUUAUAGUUGAUCGUUUCAACACAUGUACAUUUUGGUAUCCGGACAUUCGAAGGAUAUUGAAACUUACGCUUAAUGUCAAUGGUAGAGUUCCUUUACCUGAAUUAUGCUCGUUGUUAUCUAAUGCCGAGUUGGACUGGUUUCAAAAAUGUGGUACUCUUUCAGAAGCCCUCAAAUGUGGAGGAUUAGGUGUUAAGUCUACUGUCGAAAGAAAUUACACCGUCAAGAUUUAUCUUGCGUUGAGGGUGUCAUUCCUCGCCAUAUUCUUCCACAUUUUUCUCCAUUAUGAACGGAAGAAUGACCACGUUUCCUUCUUCUACUUGAAAAAAUGUUUGCUCAUUACUACUGCUGAUAUCAUGCCUCACUAUGAGACUCUCUUGUGCAAGAGUGAAGUUGUCAGUGAUAUGAUUAUCAACCCUACUCUUGAAAUGGCUGUGCACAAGGCAAACAUUAUAUACCUUGCGGCCAUUAUUCGUGUUAACUUUGCCGUGUAUCACUUGAGACAAUCUUCAGAGCACGACCAAAGAUGCAAAAAUGAUAAGCAAUACUUGACAUACUUCCAAAAAUUGUGCCAACUCUCGUCUUGUCUUACUAGAGCAAGUGAGUACAGUAUUUCGGCCAUUUCCAAAAUCAGCAACCGGUACUACUACGCUUGGAGGAUUACCAAAGGUCAAACAUUCAUGUUGAAGACUGUAACGUCGACACAAUUCUAUGAGUCAAAUUACCACGCCGCCUACCUGCUAUACUCAACAAGGUUUUCUUGUCAACAGAUUGAUGAGUUGAUCUGCAUUUGUGAAACCACUUUAAGCAAGUUCCGCCACACAGAAUUCAGAACUUAUGGGUUUUCGAGGGAAGUGAACGACCAGUUGGUCAAAUGUCAGCAGUAUUCGUGUGACCCAGUACGCAACGCAAGCAAUUCCAGCGAAUCUACUAGUACUAGUGGCUUCAGUGCCAGUACUGAUUCUAUCUCCACCGAUGACCCUACUAACCGGGUGACCAAUACGGAAGUUGACAAAUUGUGGUUGCAGCUCCUUUCGAUGAAGCAUGAUCAGCUUUUCAAUGAGGAUUACCGUGAAGCGCCCGAGGUGAUGGUGACAAAUGGGAACGGCACAACCAACAAACCCGUUAGUCAGAAUCACGAGGCGAAUGCUGGAGCGGCGACAACAAACGAUUUUGCUCGCUUUGGUUACGACAUGGAGAUGGAGAACAGAUAUGACUGUUUCAGUGACCUCCCAUUUGAUCAGGUAUUUAAUUUCUAG